AUGUUGCCUCUCAAGAAGUACAUUCGAUAUAUGUACUACAAAAUUAGCUGGGAAAACUUUAAAACUUUUCCGCCUGCGCAUGAAAGAGGCCAAGCCAUAUUCGCCAAAAGAGAAUUCGCCAUCCAUGCUUCCCGCUCGAGAGACCAAGAUUCUGAGAGGCCACAUCCUGGCACCAACGUGGUGUCAACUGCAGUGUUCAACCGCCAUGGUGGAAACGGGAAACAAUGCCUAGCAAUCCGCAUAUCGCGGAGCAUAGCAUAUUCGCUCUGCUGGACAAACUGUGUGGUGUUCUUGCAUCCUUCCAAGACAAAUGCACUCAUUGUCCAAAGUUUGGUCUUCACACCCUGCAAAGAGUCGGUUAAUCUGCAUCCUACGUUCUGUCCUUGCAAAGUCACCAAGGAGUUCGACGUCACAAGCGUGGACAAACAAGCCAGAGGCAUGCCGUGCAGCUGGAAGGUUGAACUCAAAUUCGAUGGUGGGGAAACUGGAAAAGCUCUCUCGUCAAGCCAUGCCUGGUCGGGUUAG